AUGUCAUUAAUACUAAGGAGUUCAAUUUCAAGGGUCCGAUUUACUCAUCCUGCAACAUACCAUCCGUUAAUCUUCAAUACCUAUCCAAAGAGAUAUCUUCAUUGCACAGCCACACGAAGAUUUAAUCCAAUUGUUGAAAAUUUCGUUCAAGACUUAAAAGACGAAGAACCGGAAGAUAAAAAGAAAAGGAACCAAGAUGAAAAAGAAUCUAACUACGAGAAAUUCAAAUCGUUCCUUAUGAAAUGCUUAGAAACUAUCGGAAUAACGGUUUCUUCAGUUGGAAUAUUGGGAUUUGCCGGGUUUUUAUAUCAUAAAUUCUAUGCAAUGCAUGUUCUUUCCAAAAUGGAUAAAUCAUUCGAGGAAGGGGAUCCUGCUGCGCAAUUGGCAGUACAUAAACGAACUCAUGACGAGUCGGAUGAUAGAAAAGUGAACCAGCAUUGGGUUGAAAGACCCCAACAACUGUUAUUAGAUGAUAUUAUCGCGGGGAAGAUUAUUGGAAGAUAUUUUUUGAUUAUUGGUGAAAAGGGAACUGGGAAAACUUCUUUGAUUCUUGAAUCAAUGAAGAAGGUUAAUGGGUUUAAUGUGACUAUGUUUGAUGCUCAUGCUGAUCCCGAAAUUUUUAGAAUUAGAUUAGGUAAGGCACUUAAUUUUACUUUCAGUGAAGAUUAUAUUGGAUCGUUGUUUUCUAUUCGUGGUCCUAGAGAUACAACUGCAUUAUUGGAUAUCGAAAGGGCAUUCAGCAAAUUGGAAGAAUUGGCUAUUACCAGGGUUGGGAAGUUACAAAAGCCAUUGAUUAUGAUCAUUAAUAAUGCCCAUUUAAUUAAAGAAAAUGAAGAGGGAGUUAAAUUACUCGAACUUUUACAGCAAAAAGCAGAACAUUUAAGUGGAUCUGGGUUAUUGACUAUGAUCUUCAAUAGUGAUGAUUAUUGGGUUUAUGAAAAGUUGAAACAAUUAGGUACAAGGUUAGAACUAAUCAAUGUUCGAGAUUUCAAUAGAAAUGAAACUGUAAAUGCAUUGAAAUUUGUUCGUCAUCGUUAUUUCCCUCGCGAUGACCAAGUAUUAAGUGAUGAAAUAUGUCAUACCGUAUAUGACUUAAUUGGUGGAAGACCACAACAUAUAAGCCAAGUUGCUCGUCAUCAUAAUGUCAUCAAGGCAUGUCAUGAAAUCAUCGAUAGAGAGAAAACCUGGUUUUUGAAUCAAUGUGGAUUAUUAGGAAUGGAUAUGGAUGAUGAUGUGAUGGAAAGUGGGAAAUUCUCAAGCAGUGCCAUGUUAUUAAUGAGAGAAUUUGUUGAAAUGGAUAGAAAAAGAAUGAAUACGUUAUUUACUGGAAAUGAAGAUAAUGUUUCUGCUAAGCACCAUUCACAAUUUCGUGAUCAUCAAUUGCCUGAAUUGCCCUUAUGGAGAGCUCGUCAAAUAAUGACGAGACCGGAUUAUAUUCAAGGAUAUGAUAAUUUGAAUAUUUUCACAAUUGACUCCGAGUCACGCGUACGAGCUGAUUCUGUGCCUAUGAUGAGAGCAUUCCAUGAGAUUGCUUCACAGCCACAUUUUGACGAAUUGUUGGAAGAUACUCUUGAUAGGGUUGCUGAUAUUGAGGCAUUGGAAAGAACAAGAGAGAUUGUGCUUAAGGAUUUGAAUUUGGGAAGUUAUUAUGAAUUGAUAAAGAAAGACAAAGACAAGUACAAGUUUAACAUUGUUAAGUCUGCCAAACAAUUCAAUUUGCAUGGAGAUUUUGAAGAUUUUAAUAAGGAAGUUUCUCGGAAUGAUGACGAAGAUGAAGAUGAAGAUGAUUCAUGGUUGGAAGAGGUCAAUCGUCAAGAUACAAGGAAGUGGUGGAAAAAGAGAAUGCAAAGAUUUGAUGAUGUGUAUUUGCCAUCUAAGCCAGGACAAGAUGAUGAUUUGGAUAUCGAUCGAAUUAAUAGUUGUAAGUCUGAUAAGUAA